AUGGCAAAUCAAGCAAUCGCUAACUUCCUUACAUUACCGACACUAACAACAUUAAAAGUCGGCUUCAAAUGUAUCCGAGCUAUUGGAGCACAAUCUUUGGGUGCUGCAUUACAACACAAUACGACACUCACCACAAUAGAUCUUUGGUACAAUAAAAUCGGACAUCUUGGAGCACAAUGUUUGUGUGAUGCAUUACAACGCAACACAACACUCACCACAUUAGAUCUUGACCAAAACAAAAUCAGGGACAUUGGUGCACAAUCUUUGGGUAAUGCAUUACAACUUAACACAACACUUACUACACUAAAGCUCGAUCAGAAUAAAAUCGGAGAUAUUGGAGCACAAUCUUUGGGUAAUGGAUUAAAAUACAACACAGCACUCACCAUGUUAGAACUCGGCAGCAAUAGAAUUAGAGAUAUUGGCGCACAAUCGUUGGCUGAUGCAUUACAAUAUAACACAACACUCACCACAUUAGAUCUCGGUGGCAAUAAAAUCACACGUAUUGGAACACAAUUUUUGGGUGAUGCACUACAACGCAACACAACACUUACCGCAUUAGAUCUGUGCCACAAUAAAAUUGGAAUUGUUGGAGCACAAUUUUUGGGUAUUGCGUUACAACACAACAGAAAACUCGCUGCACUAGAUCUUUGUGGCAAUAAAAUCGGAGAUCUUGGAGCACGAUCUUUGGGUGAUGCAUUACAACAUAACACAACACUCGCUAAAUUAAAGCUUGGUCAGAAUAAAAUCGGAGAUCUUGGAGCACGAUCCUUUGGUGAUGCAUUACAACAUAACACUGCAAUUGCGAAAAAACGGUAUGAUUAUUGUGAACAAUUAUGUUUUCCAAAUGCAAUUGAUCAAACAGAAAUUACAUGUAGUUGUACACAAUAUUAUAAUUUACCUGAUGAUGGUCGUUCAUGUGAAGCAAAUUGUGCUGAGUAA